AUGAGACUGGCUAUAAUCAUCAUUCUCUGCCUCACAGCUCUUGUCAGCGCCAAAUCCGAUAAGUUCAACCGAGAACUGGUGAGUCUGCAGGACUUCAUGUACGGAAGAGUGCCUCUCCUUGGAGGAGGAGACAAGUAUGUGGAGUACAGAGGCAAGUCGGUGGACUUUGAUGAUUCCGUUAGAAUACUAGCAGCGCGGAGAUGCGGUAUUUACAUUGACAGACAAGAACACUUCUCGCACGACAAUUAUGUUGGUGUCGCGACACUGGCGGAGUUUGUGACACAAGCACUGAUUGCUGGCAAGUGUGGUGAAGCCAACUACGCGUACACGGCUCUUUGCGCUAACGGAGACAGAGAUACCAUCAGCGUGAAGAAGCCCAAAAAACUUAUGGAGGCGCUCAAGGUGCAGCUGGAAGCCAAUAGACAGCUGACGGGGAAAAGACAGCGGUUCACGAGUGACAAUGAGGAACUCGACAAAAUCUACUCAAAGCUCUACACAGACAGUUUGUGGUCGUGGGCGUAUAUCUAUGAGUGGAUGGCUUUCCUCGUAACCUCCUUUUACGGUCUUGUAGUGUUUCUGUGA